AUGAAUGAAGAAGAGGUGGAGGACUGCAAAAUGGUCGGAACUGGAAACGAAAUGCCAGCAUUGGCUGAAGUGGAAGGAAAGCCAGACACUAUGCACGAGAGUGGGGAUUCACUUGGUCAGCAUGGCGGUGGAGAUCGCCACAACUACCUGGUCAAAGUCGACAGAUAUAGCAACUGGCCAAUUGUAGAAAAGGCUGCCAAUGAGUUACAAGGACUCAUAUCCAGCUUGCGUCGCACAUUUGCUACCUAUGGUAUCAGCGAUGAACUUUCCUCUGAUGGAGGCCUUGAGUUCACUUCGCUGGCCACCAGAACCUUUCUCAGGGAUUGGGGAUUGUCGACUACUUCUAAAUAUGCAGAAGUUACUGAGUUAAAGCAAAAGACAACACUAGCAGUCAUCACAGGGCUCAAACCAAUCUUGGCAAGACAUGGGACCCCUGAACAAGUCAUAGCGGACAACAAUUCUUUUGGGAGUCUGGAAAUGGAAGAGUUUGCAAAGAGUUGGAACUUCAGAAUCAUAACCAGCAGUCCAAGAUACCCCCAACCAAAUGGACAAGCAGAGCGCUUCCUCAGGAUCUUCAAAGACAUCCUCAAGAAAGCAAAGGAUCCUAAUGCUGCACUUCUGGCAUACAGGAAUACUCCAGUUACAGGCUUGGACUACUCUCCAGCAGAAAUGCUUAUGGGACGUAGGCUAAGCGACCUUGUACCAGCAGGUCUGAAUCCAACAUCCAAGCAAAACGACAUGAAAGAGAAGCUGAAAUAA